CAUGGCGCCUACUGAAACUCAGUUGUAAUUCCCGGCGAAUUAGGCGAGCCUCUGUUUUGUGUCUCAAACGCACACACAGAUAGAGAGACCAAAAUCAGAAAUUCGAAAAUGGCUGCGAACUUCAUCGCUGUUGAAUGUUCCCACUGCUGCACGAUGCAGGCAAUUCUCUGUCUGUCUCUGUAAUUCUCAAAAUGAAUCACUGGUGUGUUUCUGUUUGUGUGAGAACUUAUAAAUUGGGGAAAUGGCAGGUAAAGCAGCAGAAAAAGAGCAGCAACAAGUGGAACUGCGUGGUUUGCAAUCAGAAGCAGUCGGUGCGCAAGGUGUUUGCUCAGAGCUCCAUGGCUAGGGAUGUCCGCAAAUUCGUCCAGGCUUCCAACAUGUCCCGCCAGAUGUCCGAUCAGAAGCACCUGGAAGUCGAGACCCUCGAAAUUCAGGAGAGGCCUAAAAGGAAUGAUUGGAACGAGUAUGUUGAUGUGGAUGACAAAUCCGGCUCACCUCACCCUCAAGGGAAUAAUGAUGGAGCGGAGCUGUUGGUGGUGACUGAGAUGCCAAAGCUGCUGCUCAAGAAGAAGCAGAAAGUGAUGGACUGUUCUCGUAAUGGAUAUGGCUCCGAGAAGAUGUUGAAGCCCAUUUUUUCGGGCACAAGAAAUGGCAAAAGACGUCUGGAUGAAAAUUAUGAGGAUGCUCGACUUGAGAAAGUGUGUGAUGAUGUUAGUAAUGAGGAGGAUCUGGAUCUGGAUCUGGAUUAUGCUACUAAGUGGAACCUUUUUAAAGCAGAAAUUCAAGAUAGCAACAGAAACAAGAUGGAGGGAACAUUUAUACAGAAGAAACCGGUGAAGAGACCAAUUUCAAAGUGGAGUGCUUAUGUGACGAGAGAAAGCGAAAAUAAUGAUGAAACUGAGGCACCAAUGGCACAAGCAAGUCAUAGAGUAACCUCCAAAGGACCACUUCCUAAAUGGAGUAACUUUAUAAACAAAAAAGAAGAAAAAAAAGAAGAAGAUGAUGAUGUUAAUGCAUUGGAGAAGUUGAUGAAUGAUGAAAGGGUUGAGGAUGAUGUUCACCCCGACUUUAUGUGAGUUAUAAAUUUUAGAUUGUCUGAUGGACAUGGGUAAGAGUUUUUUACUCUACGAUCUUUAUUAUUUUGCAGAAAUAUAUGUAAGUGUUUGGACAUGAGUAGGGGUGUGUAUGAAUCGAGUUGCAUAUCAACGGUGUUAGCAUUGAAGAUAGAAUUGUGUUUUUUUAGUUUAGUUUAAUUAUUAACUGAAAUCAAAUUUGAAGGAGCUUUAGUCAGCCAAGCAGGGAUUGUUUGAUAUAUUUACACAACUCUCGACUGGAGGACUUGAUCACAGUAUAUCACUUCAAAAAACGCAUCCUACGUGUGUGUGUGUGUGUGUGUA